AUGACAUACUCUCAAGAAGGAAAAAAAAAGGGAAGGGUCGAUAUCAGUUCUUCUACUAUGUCGGAAGCGGAAAGUGCUUCCCCAAAUUCUGAUCAAUUGUUUGAUCAAAUUUGUGUUGAAUACAGCAAGUUGGUCCAGGAAAAUGGGAAGAGCUCACUGGCAGGAUUCUGUAAUUCUAAAAGAAGAUUGAGCGCGGGGUCAGCACACCCAGGCCAUCAAAACUCCGUGUGCGAGGGCUCGAAGCUAAUCUUGGAAAAGACACAGUCUUCUUUGCUGGGGUUGAAGAUAGAGACAAGGAGUCUUGAGAUUCUAGGGUUCCCAGAAGGCGCAGCCUGCCCUUCUUUGAUUCAGGCUCAUAAUAGGGAAUACCCUAACCCCGGGAACCGGGGCCUGGCCAUCCUUCGUUUGCAGUCGACGUUCCGGCUUUGCCCGUCGACAGCCAAAUCUUUCGAUCUCUGCCCUAGUUACCUGCGGGUCGGGCCGGUCAGAUCAAGGAGGAGGUGUUCCAGAAAUGUCUGCGGUCGACAUGUUUUUUUUUACCGACGCCCAAAGAAAAUAUUUUUAGAUACAGUGAACCCCUCAUUUCGUAUACUACACUCGAUCCCCUAUUGCCUUUUCUUAAUCCCCAAGCAUGAAAGUAGAUCUAUUACGACCAGCGCGAAAUCGAGAAAUGUCUACUGCAAUAGAAGCCUGCUUCGGCGGCGCUUUUUCGCCUUCUCUUCGCUCUGGACAAGAGCGCUAGUGGACACGGGGGGGGAGCAGGCGAAGCGUGUCGUUCGUAAUGGAAAGAAAGAUACCACUACUUCGCCUCUUUGUUGGAAUUAUUCCAAGUAUUUCAGCUGGAACAGCUAUCGGUACGUGAGCUGGGUUCAGAACGUCAAUAUAUCAUCUCUUGCUACGGAGCCCGCAAGGGGGUUGUGGAUACUGCUAUCUACGCUCUUAAGCACACCCAUUGGCAUUGACUGCAUGGGAUCGAAAGACUUCCGGUUUCCACUUUCCACAGGGCUCCCUCGUUCCGUAUAUGAGUUCUUUCGAAUUUGUCGUCAACAGGGGUUAGCUCCGCAGCCGGUCUACAAGCCAAGCAAGGUCGGAAAUGUUAAAGAGGCGGGAAUCGGCGGGGACCUUUCUACCGCCUCUGUCUAUCUCCUCGGAGUAGCAGGGUUUUUCGGACGUUUUCUAGGAUCAGAAGGAACCGCUAUAAUGACCACUACGUGUCUUUCAUUCUCUGCGAUCUUAUCUUUGAUUGCUUUUUAUGAAGUCGCACCGGGAGCUAGUGCUUGCUAUCUAAAAAUUGCUCCAUGGAUCUCAUCGGAAAUGUUUGAUGCUUCUUGGGGCUUCUUUGGCGAUUCAUAA